AGUUGCCGUUAGCGAAUAAACGACACAACACACCACACGGGGACUGCAACAAAUCUAAACAUUCAUUCAUUAUCAAUUUAUCAUUAUCUUAGUUAAGCAUUUUGGUUUUGGUGCUUUCAUCUCUCUCUCCUCUGUCUUCUUCAUUCCUCAUUGCUCUCACAGUGCCAUUUGUUAUUAUCUUCGAACUCUCUCUCCUCCUCUCUUUUUCUGGAACUGCUUUUACACUGCAACAAAAUUACAGCUUUUGAAGAACGGCUAUUAUCUGUCGUGUGCUUUGAGUUUGAGGCCACAUUCUAAAAUCUUAACGCUUCUCUCUCCCUUUACUACCCCCAAUACUCUUUUCUCUCCAACUCAUUGUAGUGCACUAUGAGAUAGAAUCUGCACGAGAAAGCGACAGUAGAGGCACAAGCUGUGGGAUCAUUGCAGUGGUGGGUUAUAACUUUGGGGUUUGAGUAGAAAUGGUGGCCACUAGAAAUAUUGUCUUGUUGUUGCUUUGUGUUACUGUUGUUGCUCCAAUUGUGCUCUACACUGAUCGUCUUGGCACCUUCAAGUACCCCUUUGGUGAGCAGGAGUUUAUUGAUGAUGUAACUGCUUUUGCUGUCAGUGCAGCAGGCUCUGGCCAUUUGAAUAUCCUACCCCAGGAAACUUCCACUGUCCUUAAGGAGCCAAUUGGGGUUUUAUAUACCGAGGGCACUACAAACCCAAAGAAUUUGCCUCAUGGGUUGCACUUGACCCAACCGGGAGAGCAUGUAUCUGCCAGGGUCUUGUCAGCUACAAAUGAGGGAGGUCAAACUAAAGGGGAGAAUCCCAUCAAACUGGUCACAGAAGGAAUUGAUCAAAGAAAUCAAAGCAGCUACCUAGAGAAAGCUGAUAUAACUGGUGAUGUUGUGAAUGGGGAAUUUGCUAUUGACGCUGAUGACAAUGAAGGGAAAAUUGCUAAAUCUUCUCAGGCUUCUGAUCAGGCAUCUGAAACUAUGGACACUAAGCAUGAGCAACAACAUACUGAAUCUUCUAGCAAAGUAAACAGGAAAGGACCCAUAUUGUCUGAAACUGAUAGGCAUAAUGACCAACCACCCAGUGAUGCAUGGGUACGGCAACUAAAAGACCAGCUCAUCCAGGCUAAGGUAUAUCUUUCCCUUCAGGGAGUAAGGAACAAUCCUCAUCUCACUCGAGAGCUUCGAGCACGGGUAAAGGAAGUCUCGCGAACACUAGGGGAUGCAAGCAAAGAUUCCGAUUUGCCCAGGAAUGCAAAUGAGAGAAUGAAGGCAAUGGAGCAAACAUUGCUGAAAGGAAGGCAAGUUCAAAAUGAUUGUGCUGCUGCUGUAAAGAAGCUUAGAGCUAUUCUCCACUCAACAGAAGAGCAGCUUCGUGUGCACAGGAAGCAGGCAUUGUUCUUAACACAGUUGACAGCAAAAACAUUGCCUAAAGGUCUCCACUGUCUUCCAUUGCGCCUCACAACCGAGUAUUAUAGCUUGGAUACUUCUCGGCAACAAUUCCCCAACCAACAGAAGUUAGAAGACCCUCGACUAUACCAUUAUGCAAUAUUCUCAGAUAAUAUAUUGGCAACAGCUGUUGUGGUGAAUUCUACUGUUGCUCAUGCUAAGGACACCUCAAAACAUGUUUUCCACAUUGUUACUGAUAGGCUCAAUUAUGCGGCAAUGAGGAUGUGGUUUUUGGUGAAUCCGCCACGAAAGGCAACCAUUCAAGUUCAGAACAUUGAAGACUUUAAAUGGUUGAAUUCAAGUUACAGUCCAGUUCUUAAGCAAUUGGGUUCUCCUUCUAUGAUAGAUUAUUACUUUAAGACUCAUCGGGCAAGUUCUGAUUCAAACUUAAAGUUUCGGAAUCCGAAGUAUUUAUCUAUAUUGAACCACCUUCGUUUUUACCUGCCUGAGAUCUUUCCAAAGCUCAACAAAGUGCUGUUCUUGGAUGAUGACAUAGUUGUGCAGAAGGAUCUGACUGGUCUUUGGUCAAUUGAUUUGAAGGGCAAUGUUAAUGGUGCCGUAGAAACUUGUGGAGAAAGUUUCCAUCGUUUUGAUCGCUAUCUCAAUUUCUCAAAUCCUCUUAUUGCAAAGAAUUUUGACCCUCGGGCAUGUGGAUGGGCUUAUGGCAUGAAUGUUUUUGAUUUGGUCCAGUGGAAGAGGCAAAACAUCACCGAGGUGUACCACAAUUGGCAGAAGCUGAAUCAUGAUAGACAACUAUGGAAGUUAGGAACACUGCCACCCGGUCUUAUAACGUUCUGGAAACGCACUUUCCCGCUGCACCGAUCAUGGCAUGUCUUGGGUCUUGGCUACAACCCCAAUACCAACCAAAAAGAAAUUGAUCGGGCUGCUGUUAUACACUACAAUGGAAACAUGAAACCGUGGCUUGAGAUAAGUAUUCCCAAGUUUCGAGGUUAUUGGACAAAGUAUGUUGACUAUGAUCUUGUGUAUUUGAGAGAAUGUAAUAUCAAUCCAUAGAUGGAUCUCAUGGAACAAUAGGUAUGCAGUUGAAUCUGUGUAUUUUUUUUAUAAAGUUGUAUGAUUCUUUUUGUAUGCAUUAUCCUUGGUUCACGAGUCAUGGAAAAAAAUCCACAACCAAAAUCAGACUUUGAUGACAUACCUGCAGAUACUUGUAAAUAAAAUGUGUAUUUCAUUUAGUUGUAUAAGACUUAGUGUGUGUUUGGUUUCAAUUUUGAAACUCAA